AUUAUAUUUACAACUUUAGUCGAGUUACUCUAGCAACUAGUCGAUUACAGUUUUGUAUGCUUGAUUUAUUUUCAUUCACAUUCAAGCAUAUUGACGUCGAAAUCGUGAAUUUUGUGCUACUCAAUACUUUCAUAAAAAAAUUACAAAUCGCCCGAUCCUGUAUAUAAUUUGAUUAUGAGAAGUAUAACCAAGUUAAUUGUAUAAUUUUAACUACGGAGUCAUGUUGAAGGAUAAAGGACAAGUCACUUUUGAAGAUAAAUGGCCUGCUAUGCGCCCUAUAGUUUUGAAGUUACUGAAGCAGGAAACAGUAACGCAAACAGAAUGGCAAGAUCUUUUCGGUUCUGUUCACUCUGUCUGUUUGUGGGAUGAGAGGGGUCCAUACAAACUCAGGGAUGCGCUUCAACAAGAUAUUAUGAUGUAUAUAAAACAGGCUCAGAACCGCGUACUAGCUCAACGAGAAGACCAGGCGCUUCUCAAAGCUUAUAUAGCUGAAUGGGGCAAGUUCUUUACACAGUGUAACUAUUUACCCACUCCUUUCCGACAACUGGAAAAUUCUAUCAACAAUGUAAGUAAGGUGUCCAGUUCUAACACUUCUAGUACUCAGAAAAAGAAUAAUAAUAAUAACAUAGAAGACAGUUUGGUAAGAAAGUUAAUGUUAGACUCAUGGAAUCAAAGUAUCUUUAUGGAUAUCAAACAGAGGCUACAAGACUCUGCUAUGAAAUUGGUACAAGCUGAAAGAAAUGGUGAAUCUUUUGAUUCACAGCUGGUAAUUGGAGUAAGGGAGUCAUAUGUUAAUUUGUGUUCUAACUCUGUGGAUAAACUUCAAAUAUACAGAGAGAAUUUUGAAGCUGCAUACAUGCAAGCUACUGAAGAAUUUUAUAAACUGAAAGCCAGUGAACAAUUAUUAGCGAAUGGAGUUCAAUCUUACAUGAAAUACGCUGAUCAACGCCUGAAAGAAGAGGAAGCCAGAGCUCAUAGAUAUCUGGAGCCAGGAAGUGGCAGUGUUGCAGCACUUACACAAUGUUGUGAGAAAGUGCUAAUUGGAGAGCACCUACCUACUUUACUUGCAGAGAGUGCACCCUUGAUUAAAGCUGGUGAAACUGAGAAGUUGCAACUCAUGUUUCGACUUCUUGAUAGAGUCCCUGAAGGAGUUACACCAAUAUUAAGAGAUCUUGAAGCACAUAUAGUUUCAGCUGGCUUGGCAGAUAUGGUAGCCUCUGCGGAUAUUAUCACAUCUGAUUCAGAAAAAUAUGUGGAACGUUUAUUAGAUCUGUUUAAACGUUUCAGCUCAUUGGCUAAAGAUGCAUUUCUGGAUGACCCAAGGUUUUUGACAGCUAGAGAUAAGGCUUACAAAUGUGUUGUUAAUGAUACUACAGUGUUUAAGUUGGAAUUACCUUCUUCAGCUUUAAUUCGUGGUAGCAAAGGCACUGCUCCUGAGAGCAAAUGUCCUGAGCUCCUUGCUAACUAUUGUGACAUGUUGUUACGGAAGACUCCACUAAGUAAACGAUUGACAAGUGAGCAGAUAGAAUCAAGGUUAAGAGAUGUAUUGUUAGUCUUAAAAUAUAUAGAAAAUAAAGAUGUCUUUAUGAGAUAUCACAAGGCACAUCUAACUAGAAGGUUAAUCUUAGAUUCAAGUGCAGAUUCUGAAAAAGAAGAAGAUAUGGUGGAGUGGCUUAGGGAGGUGGGUAUGCCUGCCGAUUAUGUCAAUAAAUUGGCUCGUAUGUUCCAAGACAUUAAGGUUAGUGAAGACCUUAACACCCAGUUUAGGACUGAUACCACACGGCAUGAUGCCAUUAAUAUAAAGAUAUUAAAUGCUGGAGCAUGGGCCCGUGGCUCUGAACGAGUAACUGUGAGCCUUCCAUUAGAGUUAGAAGACUACAUCCCUGAAGUUGAAGAGUUUUAUAAGAAGAAACAUUCAGGUCGUAAAUUACAGUGGUAUCAUCAUAUGAGCAAUGGAACAAUAACAUUCGCCAAUUCUGUUGGUAGAUUUGAUUUGGAUGUUACAACAUUUCAAAUGGCUGUCUUAUUUGCGUGGAAUCAGAGACCAAUGGAAAAGAUUAGUUAUGAAAACUUGAGACUUGCAACAGAACUUCCUGAUCCUGAACUUAGGAGAACUUUGUGGUCCCUCGUAGCUUUCCCAAAACUGAAACGGCAGUUGUUGUGCCAUGAACCAGUGGUCCAGAAUCCUAAAGAUUUUACGGAGAACACUACAUUCUGGGUAAAUCAAGAGUUUGCUCUUGUUAAAAAUGGUAAACCUCAACGCAGGGGAAAAAUUAACUUGAUUGGUAGACUUCAAUUGAGUACUGAAAGAUCUCAAAUAGAGGAUAAUCAUUCCAUUGUUCAGCUUCGAAUAUUAAGGACACAAGAAGCCAUUAUAAAAAUAUUAAAGAUGAGAAAAAGGAUUACAAACACUGCUCUUCAGGUAAGAAUUAUAAAUAUCCAAAUAGCUUAUUAUAAUCGCCUCCAUUCACGGAACCACACGGUCCCGGACCUUUGGAAGGCUUAUGAGGGGCCAAGGUCAAUUUGCAGAGGCCCUUUAAACUACUUUAAUAUAAGUGAAAUGACACACCAGCUGGCAAUUAUCCCUGUGUACACUAUGAAGGUGCACCCAAGGACAGUUGCAGUUGAUGCAGGACUAUUGUAUUGUACUAUAUCGUAGACAUAGACAAUUAAAUGGCUAUGGGUGUGGGUGGCUAUGGACUAAUAGCCCCUGUCGGAUAAAGAGACAAGGGAUGAUUUGCAAACUCAAUUAAUGAGCCCCAAAAACGGCCGCUAACAUGUAAGUGACUCGGCGGCAAUAUACUUUGAGCUGCUUGGGGAAGAAGAGGCAUUCCAGAGCUAUCAGAGCAAUCCCGGAAGUCCGGUCAAGACCAGCAUCUUACUAUGAUAUAAUAUCCUUCCCCUGAGUCUCCUCAAUAACUUCAGCAAGAUUGAGGUGAUUCGAUGAUGAACAAGUCCGUGGGGUCGUCAUUGCUCAACAGCUCACCACAGCUGCAUUGUUAAUUUAUUUAGAAUGUCUAAAUGACUUAAGUAGUAUUAACUUACAGUCUUAUGUUUGUAAACUCUGUUAUGCCUAAGUAUACACUAUUCUUUUAUAUAUCUAACAGAUUAUCAUGUCGAAAUUAAAUUGUAGGAUUAUUAUAUUAGAUAGGUAGCAAAGGUUUUGAAUUUGUAACACAUAUGAAUAUCUAGCCAGCCAUCUAUCUAAUACAAUAUAGGUUUUAUUUGUAAGCAACUUACUACCCAAAGUGACUAACCUUUGUAAAAUAUCUAAUUGCAGAGUGAACUGGUAGAGAUAUUGAAAAACAUGUUCCUGCCUUCUAAGAAGAUGAUAAAAGAGCAGUUGGAAUGGCUAAUCGAACAUAAAUACAUGCGGCGAGAUGACGAAGAUAUCAACACUUUUAUAUACAUGGCCUAAAUUAAUUAUUGCAAGCAUAACUGAACUCAAAAAUCAAAUAAAUUGUUUACCCAGGCAAUGUCUCUCUCUAAAAUGAUUUCUCGAAUUUUGAUUUAUUUUAUAGGUAGUCAAGUUUAAUUGAAAUUAAAUAAUAAUUUUAUUUACAUUUGUAUUUGCUUUUAUUAAAUACAUAUAAUAAGUUCAAUGUAUAAAAAACAUAACAUUAAUUCUUUGCUGGCUCGAUUGUCUCUCCUCCUUGAAUUUGACCCCAACCAAUCAACCUGUAAUUAAUAUCAUUGUAAUCAUUAACAUUUCAUCCCACUAAUAUUCUGAACGCAAAAGUUUGUAAACACCUCUUUACGAUUUAGUUACUCGAUCAAUCUUUCGAAAUUUUGCGUAUUUUGCAAAUCAUCAUCUUCAUGCCCUUGUCCCGUUUUAU